AUGGCGGUCAUGUCAACAGCGAACCAGUCCCCCCAAGUGGGCUUCAUCGGUCUUGGGGCGAUGGGCUUCGCCAUGUCAACGCACCUGGUCCGGACGGGCUUCCCAGUCACGGGUUUUGACAUCUACGGACCAACGCUGGACCGCUGGUCGGCAACAUGCGACGAGAUCCCCGAGUCUCGCGCCAAGACGGCCAGCUCACCUGCAGAGGCGGUCAGAAACGCUGCGGUCGUGUGUCUGAUGGUGGCGAACCAUCACCACGUCCACUCCGCCUUGUUCGACGAUAACGGAGCGGUCCAUGCCCUCCCCAAGGGCUGCACGGUCAUCAUCCACGCGACGAUCCCCCCAACACAGCCAUCGACCGUACGUGAGCGGUUGACGAGCGAAUUCAACCGUCCGGAUGUGCGGUUGAUCGACGCUCCCGUGUCCGGUGGCGUGGCGAGAUCCAUCAAUGGCACGUUGACGAUCAUGGUAUCUUCGGACGACAUGAAGAACCUCCAGGAACCCAACGCGAAGACGGUGCUCGAGAACGUCGCCAGCAAGGGCAAGACGCUCUUCCCCGUCCCCGGCGGCCUGGGCGCGGGCCAGUCGGCGAAAGCACUGAACCAGGUCAUGUGCGGGAUCCACAUCCCCUCGGCCUCGGAGAUCAUGGGGCUGGCGGCGAUCAAUGGCGUCGACACGCAGAAAUUUUACGAUGUGCUGACCACCAAGGAGGUCUCGACGGGCAAGAUGCCGCUGGGUUGGAGCUGGAUGUUCGAGAACCGCGGCCCACGCAUGCUGAGCGCGUCGCCGCCCAUGGCCUCCGCGACCGCCAUCAUCAACAAGGACGUGGGCAUCAUCCGCGACGAGGAGGUGCGGCUGAGCGUCGACCUGCCGCUGCUCAACGCGGCCAGCGGGGUCAUCACGCAGGUGAUGAAGACCCACGCCGCCGCCGACGACAGCUGCAUCGCGCAGUACUAUCUGGGCUUCGACUCGGACCGGGCGGACCUGGUGGUGCAACGGGCGGGGAACCCGGUCGGCGCGGCGAGCGAGCCGGAGCAGCAGAAGCGCAUCAUUCGCACGCUGGCCACCGCGCACGCCGUGAUCCACCUGGUCUCGGCGUACGAGACGACCCAGUUCGCGCGGGCCUUGGACCUGAUGCGCCCGGAGCAGAAGAAGCAGUGGUUCAACAUCAUCGCGGGCGCCGCGGGCGGCAGCACCGUCUUUUCAGAAGUCAUCCCGCGCGCGUUCGACGAGGACUCUGGCAGUGGCAGCGGCAGCGGCAUCGAGGCCGCGUUCCGCAAAUACGCGCGCGACAAGUUCGGGAGCAGUGACGUCGUGGCCCAGCUCGACGAGCUCAUCGACGCAGCCAAAAGCCAGGGCUACGCCCCCAAGCUGCUGGAGGCCGCUCUGGCGAAUCUGAAGACCCUGCUCGGCUGA